AUGUCAUCAAUUCUGCAUGAUAUCUCGGAGAUGUUGUUCAAUGAUGAUGACCAGAUACCGGACCUUGAAACUCCGUACUCUAGUUUCACCAACGAUCGCCCUGACAGCAAGCUCCGAGUCGAGGGCCAGAGCACCCGUGCCAUUAUCACCGAACGCCAGCAGCAGUUGGAUGAUGUUUUGCACGAAAUGUCAGGCCUGAAAAAAAUCGUGGAUACUUUCAACAACCUUCACGAACAACUCGUCGAAAAGCAGGACAAGAUUACCCAGUCCAUGAAUUCGCACAAGCGACUCGUAUCAUCUCUCCGGGGCCUGCCAACUGAAAUCCUAUCCCAGAUUUUUGUUUACUGCCUUCCGGAAGACAGCCACCUGUCGCUCGCACAAAACCAAGCUCCCGUGCUAUUGACCAGAAUAUGCCGAGAAUGGAGGAAGGUUGCUGUGGACAUGCCCAAUUUAUGGUGCAGGCUGCACUUGAACCUCAAGAACCGAAGAAACUUACAGCAACAAGAAAAUCUCUACAGCUUAUGCCUGAAGCGAUCACGAGGACGCCCGCUCUCGUUGGUAAUCGAUUGUUAUGCAAACCAGAUGGUCAAGUUGCGAAACUUUCUUCAGCCUCACGGCUAUCAUAUCUCAUAUCUCUCUAUCCCUUGUGUCCGCGGCACCCCCGAGGUAUUUGGGGGAUUCUCAGCACUUCAGGAGCUGGUUUUAAACAACACGACCACUCGUACUUCAUCAAGCAUUGUGACCUGCAUCAUGGUACUUCCAUCGACUGUGCGCAGUCUCAAGGUUACAGGGUUGUUCUCCCUCAACGGGGACUUAUCUCGUAUCCCCACAUUGGCUCUCCUGACACAUAUCGAGGCCUCGUUAUGUUCCCUGAGUGUGGUCAUCCGCUUAAUCCGUCUAUGUUCCAACCUCUCCUCGUUAGUGAUUCACAAACAUGCAAGCGAUCGAAUACCAGCUACCGACUCGGCCCUGGUGCUGACGCACACCGCACUUCAAUCCUUACGCAUCCUCGAAGCCGGCAUGAGCGCGACCUCCCUACUACCUGGCUUGUUCAAUAUUCUAUCACUCCCCAAUCUACGCAUACUUGAAAUUUCGGGUUCACGAACAUGGCCUCAUGAAGAAGUAAAAGCACUCUUGACACGGUCAAAUUGUCCCCUGGAGAGCCUGAUUAUCGGCGCUGGAAUGGUGACGACGGAUGAACAGCGAGCGGAAUAUGUUGCCCUCAUUCCUUCCUUGGUCGUAACGCAUUUCAUAAAAUGA